GGGAGAGGGGCUGUGCGGAGGGCGAGCGGGUGUUAUAAAGGGGGAGGAGGCGGAGGGGGAAGGAAGAGGGAGCGGAGCGGAGCCUCCCCCGGAGGCAGCCAGACACGGAGGGAGGGGAGAGCGGCUGCCCGCCCGCCUCCCUCCCUCCCUCCCUGCUCUCUUCGCCGGGCUGCCGCUUUUCUUCCCUCCUCCUCCUCCUCCUGCUGCUGCCGCUGCCGUCUCUCGGCUCCCCAAAAUGAUUCAGCUCCAUGGCUGCCACUGACGGGGAUGGCCCUGCCCGGCUCUGCCUGCCGCUGCCGCCGGUCCCCCUGACUCAGCCGCAGACAUUAGUGCUAGGAAGAUGGCGCACCCGGCGAUGUUUCCUAGAAGGGGCAGCAGCAGUAGCAGCGGCAGCAGCUGCGUUACGGCUCCCACUGCACCAGGUACCGGCGGCGGGAGCGCUGCCCUCUCCGCCGAGGAUUAUCAGCCGCCCUUGCUGGUCCAGCCGCCGCCUCCAUCUCCUGCAGCAUCGGCGGUGGCGGCGGCGGGUCCACAGCCGACACCCCCUCCUCCACAAAGCCUGAACCUCCUCUCGCAGUCUCAGCUCCAGCCACAGCCUCUCGCGCAGGCUGGAGCUCAGAUGAAGAAGAAAAGUGGCUUCCAGAUUACCAGCGUGACCCCUGCUCAAAUAUCGGCUAGCAUGAGCUCUAAUAACAGCAUAGCCGAAGACACCGAAAGCUACGAUGACCUGGAUGAGUCCCACACUGAAGACCUGUCCUCUUCAGAAAUCUUGGAUGUUUCUUUAUCCAGGGCCACUGACUUGGGAGAACCCGAGAGGAGCUCCUCUGAAGAGACUUUAAAUAACUUCCAGGAGGCAGAGACUCCUGGGGCUGUUUCUCCAAACCAGCCUCAUCUUCCUCAGCAGCACCCUUCUCUGCCUCAUCACCCGCAGCAGGGCGUCGUGAUCAACGGAAGCGUUCACCCCCAUCAUGUUCACCACCACCAUCAUCUUCACCACCACCACCAUGGACACCAUCAUCCAGCGCAUCCUGGGGUGGGCAGUGCCCCGAUUUCUGGAGGACCGCCACCCAGUCCGUCGUUUAGAAAACUAUCAACAACUGGAAGCUCUGACAAUGUUAUAGCAACUGCACCGGGUUCUGCUGCAUCAUCCACUGGUUCCCCCGCAUCUGUCGCGUCUAAUAUCCGCACUACGAGUACUCCUGGCAAUCUAGGUGUAAGUCCUGCUUCUGGAACUAGUACCUUAAAUAAUAUGGGCGGUGGUAGCUCUAGCGUGGCAAGCGGCAUGCUUGGUACUAUAAAUUUAAGCAACAUCACAAGUACUGGUAAUGUAAAUGCUUUGUCUGGAACUAGCAGCAAUGUUAAUGUGAAUAUCUUGAGUGGUGUUGGCAAUGGUACGAGUGCUUCCUCUAGUGUCAUUAACAAUGUUACUAAUCCAACUGCAGGGAUGGCAGUGGGAUCAAGCCAGCAGCAGCCUGCAUCUGGCACGUCAAGGUUUAGAGUUGUAAAAUUAGAUUCUAGUUCUGAACCUUUCAAAAAAGGUCGAUGGACAUGCACUGAGUUCUAUGAUAAAGAAAACACUGCUGCAGUUGCAGAAGGAGUAGCAGUAAACAAAGCAGUAGAGACGAUAAAACAAAACCCGCUCGAAGUGACUUCUGAAAGGGAGAGCACCAGUGGGAGUUCUGUUAGCAGCAAUGUAAGCACACUGAGUCACUAUACAGAAAGUGUGGGAAGUGGAGAAAUGGGAGCACCUACUGUGGUACAGCAGCAAGCGUUUCAAGGUGUGGGUCCGCAGCAGAUGGAUUUUAGCAGCGCUGCUCCUCCGGCAAUUCCAGCAGCGAGUAUACCACAGAGUGUUUCUCAAUCCCAGCUUGCACAAGUCCAGCUGCAUUCUCAAGAGGUAAACUACCCGCAGCAGAAGCCAGGGGUCCAGCCUCCUGCGCAGCCCGGUCUCGCCGCUGUUCCCGGGGUUCAGCCGGCCCCGGUUAACAUCCUCGGUGUGACCCCGGCGCUGGGCCACCAGCAGCCUGCCAUGCAGGGCAUGGCCCAGCAGCAGCUGCCGUACCCGCAGCCGGCGCAGCCCGUGCAGGCGCUGCCGGUUGUGCAGCAGCAGCAGCUGCAGUACGCAGGAGGACAGCAGCAGCAGCAACAACAAACGGUUCCUCCGCCGAUGGCCGCAGCUCACGUCAAGCCGGUGAACCAAAACUCUGUUCCAGGGGCCAUGCCGGAGUACAUCCAGCACCAGCAGAUCCUCCAGCCCCCAGCGCCUGCCAUGCAGCCCAGUUCCUCCGCGGUAGGAGCGGGGCCACCGGUUCCCGUCGCCCAGGCCCAGAGCAUGCAGCCUGCGGUCCAAGCUCACCCCGCUGCUGCCCCGGCCCCGCCGGUGGCGCACGCUCCAGCGGCUCAGAUGCUGAGCGUCGGGCAGCAAGGAAGCGUGGCUGCCGUGGUGCAGCCGGCGCCUGCUGCCAACCAAAUGCCUCCUCCUGGCAUGCCGUCGGCGGCUGCUCCUCCGUCUUCGCAAGUGGUGCAGCCUGUGCAGGCGGGGAUAAUGCAGCCGGGGUUACAGCCUGGCGCUUCGGGCCUUCCCCAGCAAAUGGUGAUGGCUCAGCAAAACACUUUGCUACCCGUGCAGCCGCAGGCGCAAGCAGUGGAGUCGGUGGUGCAAGGAAUGAGCGGCCAGCAGCUGCCUGCAGUUAGCCCUAUACCUUCCGCUAGUACUGUUCCUGCGCCGAGUCAAGCUGCUUCGGCCGUGCCUCCUGGCAUUCCUUCUGCCUCUAUAGGUUUGGGACAGCCCCAGAGCAUGGCGCAGGCUCCGGCCGUGCAGAACGGGAGCGUUAGCCAGCCUCCCUUGCUACCGACGAGUAUAGGGAUGCCGGUGGCGCAGAGUGUGCCGCAGCAGAUACCGCUGAGCUCUGCCCAGUUCCCCGCACAAUCGCUGGCCCAGUCGGUCGUGAGCCAAAUGGAGGACGGCAGGCGCCCCACAGAACCUUCCCUCGUUGGUUUACCUCAAGCUGCCGGCGGCGAGAGCGGCGUCGGAGCCCCCGCCGACGGCACCAGCAGCAGCGCGCCGCCCUCCGCUUCCCUCUUCCCGCUGAAGGUGCUGCCGCUGACGACGCCCCUCGUAGAUGGUGAGGACGAGAGCUCCUCUGGUGCAAGCGUGGUAGCGAUCGACAACAAGAUCGAGCAAGCGAUGGACCUGGUGAAGAGCCACCUGAUGUACGCCGUGCGCGAGGAGGUGGAGGUGCUGAAGGAGCAGAUCAAGGAGCUGAUCGAGAAGAACUCGCAGCUGGAGCAGGAGAACACGCUGCUGAAGACGCUGGCCAGCCCCGAGCAGCUCGCCCAGUUCCAGGCGCAGCUGCAGACGGGGUCCCCGCCGUCCUCCUCGCAGUCCCAAGGGAUGACGACGCAGCAGCAGCAGCAGCCCGCCCAGCCGGCCUCACAGGGAUCGGGGCCUUCAGCGUAGCCGCCAGUGGCGUCGCCGUCGUGACCGCCGGCCCUUGGACUGCCCGGAGCGAGGAGGACUGUAGCGGGAAUCCGCCCGACAUCCAUUUCGGCACGCGUCGCAGCCCGGACUGAGGACUCGGUGCCCUGCACGCAUCACUACGAGAGGCUUCCCGCCCGCCCACCGCCAUGUUACGCGCUCAUCUCUCCCUCUCUUCCCUCCCUUCCCCCUUUGGCUUGAAGGAGUCUUUGUUCUUAGGUUGGUUUAAUAAAAUAAACUUCUUCCAGAGAAUUAGCACAAGUACACUGGGGACUGGAGCAGCUUCUGCAGAUGGCUGAAGAACGAAGCUGCACGCCUGAAUAUUUUUGUUUUUGUUUUUUUUUUGGUUUGUUUUUAAAUCUUCCACUCAUCCAGUGAUGCUACAGAUACAAGUGCUUUUCAAGCUUGGAACGUGUGAAGAAAUAGACUGGAGUUUAAAAAACGAAAGGCGAUGGCUCGAUCCCCAGAGAGCACCGGGGUUCCAAAGUGAGGACUGGUGCAUAGGAUCUGAGAGGAAGAGGGAGAAAGGUAAACUCAGUGUUUAACACUUAAUUGUCACCUGAAACCUUAAGUGCAAAUACUUGCACCGUUUUCUGCAGCAGUGGACAGGUGCAUAAAGCUGUAUUAUAUAUAGAAGGCAGGUAGGUGACACACAGUUGGGUCAUAGGAUAAUUACAAUGAAGGUUAUUUGCCUACUGUACAUUUGUGUAUUUAGUGUAAUUACUUUGUAAAAUAGAAAAACUGUAACUAUUUAGGUUGUACAGAUUGAAGUUUAGUUGUUUCAUUGGCUGAUCUGAAAAAGUUUGGAAAGUCUUUUUUUUUUUUUUAAUGCUACAUAAAUAAGAAUGCACCUACGCAACUGUUCAGAAUUUGGCAGGUUUAUGCUGUUUGUGUAACUUCUGAAGUUCCCUGGCUGCUGAUUAUCUUGAAGUAAAUCUUUGUUCAUUGUAGUUUGGUUUAAGACAGGAAAAACCACUCCAAAAAUUAUUAUCAAACCCUGCUAGCAAAGAAUUUAAAAAAAAAGAAAAAAAAAAUUGGAUUUCCCAGUAUGGAUUUUUGCAUAUGAUCUGUAUAGUAGUAUGCAUAUGUUUUUGUGCAUGUUCUCUAAACAGUUGUAACACGUCAAUGUAUUUAACUGUUGCACUUGUCAACUUUCAAUAAAGCAUACAAUGUUGAUAAA